UAAGACUGAGCAUAACGCGUUUCAAGUUCAUAUGAUUCAGAUGAGUGAACCUUUUGGUACAAAGGGCUCAUUGAUUCUGAGGCUUCAAUUUUUCCACCACUGCAGAAAACGCACAAACGCUCUUUUUUUAAAAUUCUCUUGCAGCCACGAAAAUACAAUUAAUACGUAAGCUCCUUCUCACUGACAGCAGUCUUUCUGCAUACCUCCUGGUGAACUCGCCCUGACCCGGAGCUAGUACUCGGUCUCACUCCUGUUGUUGUCUUCAGCGGCUAAGCUUUGAAAAAAAUGGCAGAGUCAGAAGAGGAGGUGGACGUUUUGGUCGAGAGAGUUGUAAAAGACAUCAACAACGCGCUGAAGAAAAACCCCAACAUUGAUGAAAUUGGUUUGAUACCUUGUCCAGAAGCCCGGUACAAUCGAAGCCCCAUAGUCCUAGUGGAAAACAAACUUGGUGUGGAAAGCUGGUGCAUAAGGUUUCUGUUGCCCUAUGUUCAUAAUAAACUGCUGCUCUACAGACAAAGGAAACUAUGGCUGGACAAAGAUGCACUGAUAGAUAUCACUUGUACGCUACUGCUGCUGAAUCCAGACUUCACCACUGCCUGGAAUGUCAGGAAAGAGCUGAUUCAGAGUGGGGCGUUAAGUCCAGAGAAAGAUUUGUAUUUGGGGAAACUUGCUCUAAGUAAGUUUCCAAAAAGCCCAGAAACAUGGAUUCACAGGCGCUGGGUCUUGCAGAGUUUAAUCCAGGAAUGCUGCCCCAGUAAGGCAUGUAAGGAGCGGAGUGGAGCGGUGGCCGUGACGGCAGCGCAGACAGAAAGACUGCAGAGAAUACUGCAGGAGGAGAUGAAGGCCUGCUCUGAAGCUGCAGGGAGAUACCCAAGCAACUACAAUGCCUGGUCACAUCGUAUUUGGGUGAUACAGAAUUUGGCAAAAGACAACAAAAAGGUUUUUCUUGAUGAGUUAUCUUCUAUGAAGUACUGGGUGUCCAUGCACGUUUCAGAUCACAGUGGCUUCCAUUACCGACAGUUUCUCCUCAAAUCUCUUGUUGGAGACCCCGGCCACAUGCUGGACAAAACUGCCUCAGCACUGCAGUCUACUUCUAAUGAACACUGUGCUAGUCUUCCAAAAGAAGAGGAGGCUUCAGCUGAGAUCCAGAGGACAGUGGUGCCAGACCUGUUUGAUGAAGAACUGGAGCUUUGCACUGACCUUAUUGAGUCGUACCCUGGCCACGAAACACUUUGGUCUCACAGGCGGUAUGUUUUCUUCCUUUGGCAUCACUGGAAUCAUAAGCAAGGAGCACCAUUAAACAGCAGUGAUCGGCCAUUAGACCAUUCGAAUGCUACCACAGGAGGCAAGUCGGCACAGGCCAUGGACGUGGAUGGCAUGAUGGACCCCAACAAGCAGGUCUAUACCCAGGAGACCAAGCGGCUGAAACGAGGCCCUCUGCAGGGCUGCCAAGACCUGCCAACAGAGCACAGGUUCAUUACUAAAACCCUGACGGACUGCAGGAGCACAGAACAGGCCAGGUUUGCCAUUGCAUACCAGAAAUGGCUCGAAUCUGUUCUAGGUCAAUAAUGGUGAACUUGUGGGGAGAAUAUUAAUAUGUAACACAAGAUUUCUCUUCAGAGUUAAAAUCCAUGCCAGGUUUUUCUAAAAGCAGACAAUUCUGUAGCAGUGUGCAACCUCUGGAAUCAGUUCAGUGCACCAGUACCUCAGGUUUCUCAAUUCUUGACAAACAUUUUGCCACUUUUACUCAACUGUCUGUAUUUUAUCAAAUCAGGCUAGCUAAUGUUCCUCUCUUUUUUAGUGACUCCAGUUUUUUAUUGUUGUUUUGUUUUAUAUAUAAUGUCUUCCAGUAACAAACAUCUCUCCGAUUUAAGCAUCCUUAUAAGGGGAGCUUAUAUGUUUCUGUGUUCUGCCGCUGCUUUAACAGCUUCUGUAUCUCAAAUCUUUUUGAGACACAGACUUGCAUAUUUCAGUGUUAUGGAAACUUCCAGUGCAAAACAAUGCCCGUCACUUUGACCCUUUUGGUUUCCAGACUUUGACUUCUGCCCAAAUUGCCAUAUUGAGGUUGUGUUACUUUAGUUCUGUGAAACAAAACUGUAUUCAAUGCAUCUCUCAAUGAAGUUCUGUUACAGUUGUCCUGUAAAGUGUGUGUUUUUACUGGCACAUUUUUUUUAAAUCUCAAUGAUGGACAACACAUGCUUUGAGAUAGUGGUACAUGGCUUAAUUCUCUGUCAUAUCCAAUGAAAAGGAACCAUUUUGUGGCUGUGCUUGUUUUUCAACCAUAUCUCAGAAAUUCUAUAGAGACAUCUGUUUCUAUAUAUUUAAAUAGACAAAAUGUGCCAGUGAUCAGGAAAUUGGCCACUGACCUAAUACGGUUGUCAUACUUUCUGUUUUGCUACAUUUUUAGGUGAUAAUCAGCACACACUUAGCUCCAAAUUAACUAGACCAUAUUAACUAAUGGUGUCUUGAUUACCAGAUAUUGUCACUUGGUUUUAUAUGUGAGCAGUUGUCAUAUUGAAAAUAUAGUUUUGUUUGCAUGAGAAACCUUUAGUUUAACCUGAGAUUUAAUGAUGAGAGCAGUAAAAAAAAAAACUAUCUAAUUUGUUUUCCUAUUGAAAUAAUUAAUUUAAUCAGUUUGAUGGCGUAGGGAUGUGCAUUUCUGUAUAUUUUAAUAAUCAAAUACACGUAAUGUACCAAACGAUUAUACAAUACGAUAAUACAAACUAUUAUACUUUUUUUUAUAUAUAUAUAUAUUGCCAUGCCACUGUUAAACUAAUGCUUACAUAAUAUCAAAAUUGAAGUAAUAAGUAAAAAAAAAAUAUAUAUAUAUAUAUAUAUAUAUAUAUAUAUUUCUUAGCAGGCGCCCUUAUCCAGGGCAACUUACAAUUGUUACAAGAUAUCACAUUAUACAUUAUUUCACAUUAUACAGAUAUCACAUUAUUUUUACAUACAAUUACCCAUUUAUACAGUUGGGUUUUUUACUGGAGCAAUCUAGGUAAAGUACCUUGCUCAAGGGUACAGCAGCAGUGUCCCCCACAUGGGAUUGAACCCACGACCCUCUCCACACUGCUCCCCAUAUAUAUAUAUAUAUAUAUAUAUAUAUAUAUAUAUAUAUAUCAGUGCCUAUAGAAAGUCUACACCCCCUUGAACUUUUUUUACAUUUUGUGUCAGUGCUUCAGAGUUUCAUGCAUUUAAAUUUUUUUCACUUAUCUACAAACCAUUCUCCACACUGUUAAGGGGAAAAAACUUUUUAUUGAGAAAAUAAUAUAUAUUAAAAAUACAAAACUGAAACAUCAUAAUUGGAUAAGUCUCCACCCCCCUGAGUUAAUACUUGGUGGAAGCACCUUUGGCAGCAAUUACAACUGUGAGUCUGUUGGGAUAGGUCUCUAACCUAAAUUUGGCAAUAUUUGACCAUUCUUCUUUACAAAACUGUUCAAGCUCUGUCAAGUUCCUGGGGAGCGUUGAUGGACAGCAAUCUUCAAGUCAUGCCACUAAUUUUCGAUUGGAUUUAGAUCGGAGCUCUGACUGGGCCAUUCAAGGACAUUUACCUUUGUGUUCCAUAGCCACUCCAGUGUAGCUUUGGCUGUGUGUUUUGGGUUGUUCUCAUUCUGAAAGGUGAACUUCCGUCCCAGUUUCAGAUUUCUUGCAGAGGGCAGCAGGUUGUCCUCAAGGACUUCUCUGUACUUUGCUCUAUUCAUUUUCCCUUCUAUCCUGACAAGUGCCCCAGUCCCUGCCGAUGAGAAAUAUCCCCAUAACAUGAUGCUGCCACCACCAUGCUUCACAGUAGGGAUGGUGUUCUUUGGGUGAUGCGCUGUGUUGGGUUUGCGCCAAACAUAACGCUUUGCAUUUAGGCCAAAAAUUUCCAUUUUAGUUUUGUCAGACCACAGAACUUUUUGCCACAUGGCUACAGAAUCUCCUCAGUGUUUUUUUGCAUACUUCAAACGGGAUUCAAGGUAGGCUUUCUUGAGUAAUGGCUUCCUUCUUGCCACCAUACCAUACAGGCCAGAUUUGUGGAGUGCUUGGGAUAUUGUUGUCACAUGCACACUUUGGCCAGUCUUGGCCAUAAAAGCCUGUAGCUCUUGCAAAGUUGCCAUUGGCCUCUUGGUAGCCUCUCUGAUCAGUCUCCUUCGUGCUCUGCAGGGUCUUGGUGGUGCCAUACACCUUCCACUUUUUAAUAAUCGCCUUGACUGUGCUCCAAGGGAUAUUCAAGGCCUUUUAUAUUUUUUUAUACCCAUCCCCUGAUCUGAGCCUUUCAACAACUUUGUCCCAGAGUUCUUUUAAAAGCACCUUGGUGCUCAUGGUUGAGCCUUUGCUUUGAAAUGCACUACCCAGCAGAGAGAACCUACAGGAACUGUUGAAUUUACCCUGAAAUCAUAUGAAUCACUGCAAUUUAACACAGGUGGAGGCCACGUAACUUGGUGUGUGAUUUUGAAGGCGAUUGGUUAAACGUGAGCUAUAUAUAUAUUAAUGUAUUUUAUUUCCAGGCUAUAAGGCAACAAAAUGUGAAAAUUUUGAAAGGGGGUGUAGACUUUCUAUAGGCACUGUAUAUAUAUGUGUGUGUGUGUGUGUGUGUGUGAGUGUGAGUGUCUAUAUAUAUAUAUAUAUAUAUAUAUAUAUAUAUAUAUAUAUAUAUAUAUAUAUAUAUAUAUAUAUAUAUAUAAUUUGCUUGUUAUUAAUGGGAAGUGUAAUACAAAUAAAGUCCAACUUAAGCAUAAUUUCCAGACAGCUAAAAGCAACAUAAUAACGUGCAGAUUAUAAUGAAUCAAUAAAUUGUGACUUCAUUGGACAAGUAUGAAAUGAAUAAAUGUUUACAUUAAGUAACAGCUCACAUUAAAUAGGCAGUGGCUCUGGUUAUAUGGUACCAUAAUCACUUUGAGUGGCUAAUCUUACUGCACUUCCAGUCGUGCAUGCGCACUAACAUGUAUACCGGACUUUGACUCCCUUCACUACUUUGCAGUGCCGUAAUGAAACUUAGAAUGGCUAAUCUUAGUGAGAGCCCCCCUGUAUUCAGCCUACCUCCAUUAGUUUCAAGAUAUGAGUAUUUAUACUGUAAAAUGAUCAAGAGAAUAAUAACGUUAAUGUUAAGUUUUGUGCCGAAUAUAAUCGGGAUACAUUCUACAACCAAAAUAACGAUAUUUUGUGAGAUUGAUAUUACAUUAAGUAAUUAUACUAUUAAUAAGAUAAUGAAUUUCAUUGGAUUUAUUUUCUUUGAAUAGACAUUUUCUUAAAUCUCAAUCUCAAGCUCUUCGGCCACCGCGAUAGUUCCUGUAACUCUGGCUGAAGUACGAAAGUCAGACGGACAACAGGAUCUGAAAUUGGGAUGGAGAUCGGUUGCGUUGGAUCUGAACAAACAAAAAAAACCUAGCCUGGGUUCAUAUUUUCAAGAUCAUGUAUAAAAAGUUAAAUAUAUACUGAUAAUUGUAGACAUCAAUAUGUAUUGUAAUGCACUGAGCAGUUUUGUUCAGGUUGAGUGUGAUAUGAGCGAGCAUAAAAAACAUGUAAGUAGGCAGUUAACCAGCAGGGACAGUUUUCCUCAUCGUUCAACGAUUCCCGGAUGAACUAUUUUGUUACCUAAAUCAUUUAAUUUGUAGUGUAUAUUAGCAUAAUAUAAAGUGAUAGAAACACAGGGCUACUGCUUUAGUGUUAGUUUUAGAGUGCAGUCUCGUGCAUGCAAGGCUUGAGACUGAGAAGGAUGCUUACAUCUCGGAGCGAAAAGAUACAUAUUAGAAUGUUAAGAGGUAGCUCUGUCACUCGUAUGAAGAUAUUGUAAGUCAUGUUACAAAAUAACGCUGUAUGUUUUUCUCAAAUCCUGAACAUACAGGUCACCGUAGACAUUCUUGACUGAAGUUGGCAGAAGAAUUGGUUAUCCGAUUACAAUUUGUUUAGAUUUUGAUUACAUUAUUUGUGAGACUCUUAACAGAAGUGGAGUUUCUCCUGGUUUUAUUGGGGACAUGACUUAAAUAUUCUUGUGGUUUGCACUUCUCUAUAACUUUCUUCAAACAGGUUCUCUUGCAAACUAGGAAUGUAAGUUUGAAAGACAAACAUUUGUAAACUGUUACUGAGUAAUGAAGUACUUUAUUGGAAGGGUGAAACUGAAGGAGUAGUAUAAGUGCUGUAGUAAUAUAAAGUUUGUGAACCUUUUUCAUAACUUCUGUGAUUCCAAAACAUUGUGUGCAAUGGCCUGGAGUAUUUCUAAUACAUUAAAUAAUAAUAUGUAAACAGUAUUCAGGCUAGGCUAACCCUUGACAAUAGCAUGUACAGUAACUGUAUAUGAAAAGUGAAACCUCAUGUGUGUGCAGCUGUAUCCAUAUAUAUUUAGUACAGUGACACGAGCAAAAGCAGGCCUGAUGUGACAUAGAAGAAUACCUUCCUGUGUAUCUGCAGGUUGCUUAUUAUAAUGGCUUUUUGUCAAAAUUGGGUCAUUUUAAGAUCAGGGUGCUUAGAAAAUGAACCCAUUAUAGGAGUGGCAUUAUUAUAGUAAGGACUAGUCCAGUGGAGUUUGACAUUCUUGUACUUGUUGUGUAUGAGACUGUCAAAAACAUGUUCUAAGUACAGAAGUAGUGAUAGAAAUAAUCUGUUGGCAAUGGCCAAAGAGGUCUAAAGCUAAAAUAAGCUAGUAAGAAUGGGUGCUGAAACUAUACCGAUUUUUCUAAAUGUACAGGAAUUAGUGCAGGUCCAUUUUAAGCACAUGAUAAAAUGUCAGACACCCACGACACCCAAAAUACUUAGCUGGACAACACUGUUAUUCUGAAAGGGUCCAUAUGGACAGACAGAUCGUUUUAAAAAUGUAUUAAAAGGCAUUCAUGCAUCAAAACGAGAAGCACAAUGAGAUACGUACUCUGCCAAGUCAUUUUUACUAUAUGAAAUCAAAAUCAAUCUAGACAGACAUUCUGUGAGGGGGUGAAAAACAUGCCAACAAGGCUUAUGUUGCCAUCCAAAUGAGAUGGGGAAAAGUUGAUGUAGCCUAUAAUCUUACAGUAGCUGAACGCACUGAACCCAGUGCUUUGGUAUGAAACUCAUGAAAAAUACAAAGGAAUGUGUGCUUUUUAAUUAAAUAAGCAUAUCAACACUAAAACCAAACACUACUGCACAUGUUGUAAACUUUUUAAAUGGAUGUACGUACCUUCUUUGAUGGUAGAUUUUAGUUUACAGAUAAACAUGUAUGUAACAGUUAAGAUUGGAUUUUUUUGUAGCUGUGCUGCGUUUGUCUUGUAAAGACAUUACUUGAAGGACUAUUGGAGGACACAGUGAAGGACUGGUAAGGUACUGCAAAUGAUGUGUGAAUUUAAAAAAAAAUGAUGUGUGUGUGUGUGUGUAUAUAUAUAUAUAUAUAUAUCACCCUUUUAAUAUAUAUAUAUAUAUAUAUAUCACCCUUUUAAUAUAUAUAUAUAUAUAUAUAUAUCACCCUUUUAUAACGCUAUAGUGUGAAGCCAUAGUUACAAGACCGUGCUAUUUGUGUUCCGCAUUACAACGAGUAUAAAAGGGCUGCUGUAAUGGCAUUAUGGAGUAAAUGGGAGCCACGACCCUACCGUGUUAUAACCGAUUCCUCACUAUAACAAGGUGUGUUAUAACGGGUGAGCACUGUGUGUGUGUGUGUGUAUAUAUAUAUAUAUAUAUAUAUAUAUAUAUAUAUAUAUAUAUAUAAUGUAUGUGUGCAGAGAGAGAGAGAGAGAGAAAUAUAUGGGUCAGAAUAUAUAUAUAUAUAUAUAUAUAUAUAUAUGAAAUAUUCCAUCAUAUUAAUAUGUCUCAAUUCAGUUUUGAGCCGUAAUGCACUAGUGGCAUAGACACAAGUGCAUUGGGUAGCGCAAGACUAACGAGAGGUUACGCUGCUAUGAUUCAGCGAGAAAUUUGUUCAAAGUAGUCCCCUAUUUUUUUUUUUUUUUUUUUUUUUAUUGACAAGAUGAAAUUUGAAAGGUCUAUAUCCAGGUGUUUUUCAGGUAGCUGGUGAAAUUAUCUCGUUUCUCCCACUGAACACAAAAUACGACAUGGCGGCUGUUGACAUUAAGCGGCGCAGGCAGUGAUGACGUAGGUAGGAGUCUGAUAAACGUAUUAGCCAUGUACAUAUGUAUGAACUGGUAUCAGGAUUUAUUAUUUCCAGUUAUGGGGUUAUAGUGGGGUAGCACUGUAUAUAUCAUCAACUGCAUGCUCCUAUCUGUGCAAAUGUGUUGUACAUUAAAUGUAUUAAGUAGUUGCUGUUGAUUUUGCCAGAUUUUACAAAAGGAGUAUUAAAAUGAAUUUCAUCAUACAGGGCCCUGUUCACAAAGCAACUCGAAUUAUUAAAUUAAGUCUGCUUUUAUGAAUUCUAUAAAGAUAUUGGCAAAAAACUGCUGUAGUCUGCUAAAUAAACCAACACAUUGUUUUAAUGAAAUAACAAACCCUCUUUAAAUAACUCAUGUGUUUGUGAAAAGGACCCAUUGUGUCCUACUACAUUUGGUAACCCUCAUACAGUAUAUUGCAUUUUACAAUAUGAUGGAAUAUUUCAUAUUGUAUAAGUCAAUGUGUAACUUUUUAUUUAAUUUCUUCCUUAAAUAAUAUCAUGAUACCUUGGGUAUUAUACUAUACAAAAGGAAUGAGUAAUAGAUCUAAAAUAGUAGCAUGUAGGAACAUCAAGUAACAUUUGUAAGAGAUUAAAAGAAACUGGUGUAUUACAGCUUUCUAACUUUAAAAUUAAGAGCAAUCCCCCUCUUCUGUUUUCAACUUUAUUUCUAAAAAACAGUUGCAAUUAAUGGUCAAACUUUUUCAAGUAGGCUAUGAUGGUGAUCAGUACCACACAAACACAUGUAUAAAUUGAGGGGUUUUUUUUCUGUUUACUUACACUUUUAGAAAUCUAACUAAAUGUCAUACCUGUUAAACUGUUUGUCUGUGUUUUGUCAUUUAGGUUAACAUUAUAUACCACAGUUCAUCAUAACAAAAAUAUAUAUUUGGAAAUGUUUGGCAUUUAUUGCUUUUCUCUAUUGUAGAUGAUUACUUUGGAUUAAUCCUGUCCACAUGAGAUUUUGGUUGACACCAUUAUUAUAGCAUGAAUGAGAAUGAUAAAAUCAUCUAUGCAGAAUGUUUAAUUUAUGAAUGUUAUUCCUUUAGUCAAGUUAUGGUCAGUAUCCUUGUAAUGCCAUGUAUUUAUUGUUUGGAUGAAUCCUACCUACAGCUGUGUUUAAAGUUCAGAUAUAGCUAAUCAUCUCUUAAAUUAAUUUAUUUUAUAGAGUAAUAUUUAAGACCUGUGUUCACCUUUACAGUUGUCAAUUGUCAGCUUUUUAUCAAGUAAAAUAAAAAAAAGUUUUUCCUUGCAGAAA